AUGGCGGCCAAGAUUGUCAUGCCCGAGAAGGUCAAGUGGGCAAUUAACACCUUUAAGCCCUACAAGUCAGCGGGACCGGAUGGUAUCUUUCCGGCUCUUCUACAAGAGGGACUGGAACAGAUCGUGGGCCCACUGACCCGAACCUUAAGGGCUUGUAUCGCGAUGGGCUACACACCCAGCGCAUGGAAACUGGCCAGGGUAGUUUUCAUUCCGAAGGCGGGAAGAACGAGCUACACCAAGGCAAAGGAUUUCAGGCCAAUUAGCCUAACAUCGUUUCUCCUUAAGACAUUAGAGAAGCUGGUGGACGCGUAUCUGAGGGAGACAACUCUGUGGAGUCACCCUCUCCACAAGAAUCAGCACGCGUAUCGUUCGGGCUAUUCCACCGAGACUGCUCUACAUCAGACGGUAGCGUUUAUUGAGGAGCAGCUGGAAAGGAAGGGCUACGCAGUGGGUGCUUUCUUGGACAUAGAGGGCGCCUUUAACAACACACCGCACAAGGUAGUGUGUGAAGAAGCCGCCAGAAGAGGUGUCCCGAUGAAGCUCGUCGAGUGGAUCCGGGGCAUGCUAGGGAGGCGUGUGAUGACUUCGCUGGGAACUGCGAAAGUCUGUGGGUGGGUGGGAAGAGGCUGCCCGCAGGGCGAAGUACUUUCCCCACUUUUAUGGUGCCUGGUAGCAGACGGAUUAUUAAAGGCACUGGACGAUAGAGGCUUCACUGCACAAGGCUACGCGGACGACGUGGCGAUACUUGUGUGA